AGUUUAAUGGAAAAUGACAUUGAUGGUUGUUCCAUGACUGCAAAAAGAAAUAAAGGAAUUAAAAGAAAUAAGUUACAUCAUCUAGAUGAUAAUAACAUCGUUGCUGUAGUAGCAAAAUUAAAAGCAGUAAGUCAACAAAAAAUCUUAUACAAGCUCAGGAUGUUAUAUUAA